UUUAAUGUGGCUCCCCAUCCAGGACACAAUACUGCCUUCUGACUGCCAAAACAUACCAAAUAGUCAGGCUCCUCUUCAGUAUUCUGUAGUGGUUUGGAGAUGUCACAUCUAUUAAGGCUAUUUCUGUAUUUUUCUGGUUUCUACUUCAUCUUUGCUUCUCCAGAAGUCUGCACCAACUCCCUGAUACCUGGAGCUAAAGGAGAUCAAGGUGAAGCUGGAGAGCAAGGAGAAGAGGGAAAGCUUGGGAAGAAUGGACCACCAGGACUGUCAGGUGUGCCAGGUGAACCAGGCUUUAAAGGAGAAAUUGGUCCCACAGGAAAGAUGGGUCCCAUUGGAGAGAAAGGUGACAAAGGUCCUAAAGGCUUCAAUGGAGCAGUCGGGGUCAAAGGAAAAGCUGGUGCAACAUGUGACUGUGGGAGGUACAGGAAGGUGGUUGGAAAGCUUGAUGAGAACUUAGGGAAGCUGAUGAACACUGUUAAGUUUGUGAAGAAUGUGGUCCUGGGCUUGAAGGAGACCGAGGAAAAAUACUACCUGCUUGUGAAGGAGUCCAAGACGUUCAGAGAGGCUUCAAUGAACUGCAAGCUAAGAGGAGGCACCCUGGCUAUGCCAAAAACCAGCAACAUCAACAGUCUCAUGGCAGACUAUAUCAAUCAGGCAGGGCUGACUAUGGCUUAUGUAGGAGUGCAGGGUCAAAGAAAAGAUUUGGAUGGAGCUAGAAGUUAUAUUUAUGCAGACUCCACCUCUCUGCGGGACUUUGCCGCUUGGAGCCAGGAAGAGCAGCUACGUUCCUGGUUACCUCCAGCCACCAACUCCAGCUGCGUGGAGCUGCUCAGCACUGGGACAUGGAAUAACGUGGACUGUGAAGCUACCAUGUUCUUCAUCUGUGAGUUCCCGAAGAGCAGGAGAAGAGGAAGAGGAGGACCACCUGCUUCCACAUCAUAAAUGAGUAGUUGGUAUGGAUUAGUAUGCUGUUUUGUCUUACAGAAAGUAAGAGCAAAGAGCUUCACUUGUUUAAAGCGGGCAUAAAAAGUGCUAAGAGACUAAUUUAGCCACCAUCUGAUAUUUGCAAUAAACAAAACAGUCGCUUCUUUGUCUUCCUCAGAAAUAUCAACACCGACUCAAGAUUAUAGAGGAAAAUAUGCAUUUUAUAUAGUUAUUUCUUUUAAAAUGUCUUAAUUAUGCAAUUUUUGUUCAUCUUUCGUUUGUUUUGUUUGUGUGUUAAAUUUUAUCUUACAAAAUGUGUGGCAUCAAAAAGGAAGGAAAAAAAGUUUACUAAAAAUUUUGUUUGCUUUUCAACUUGUUUUAUGCACACUGGGCGGCUUUAUCCUGUUUACGUCCCUAAGGGCUAUCACAGUUACAACUGGAUAUGAGGCCAGUCAGCAAUUUCUCUAUUUACUGUGGUUAAAAGAAAUGACUAAACACAAUGAUUUUAAACAUAUGAAAAAUCACAUUUGUAUAUUAAAAAUAUUCAAUAAAGUAGAAAAUUAUUGAAAAGUUAAUUUAUUUCAGUAAUUCAGUUCGCUAAAUCAUUUAAAUUAAUGACACAGAGACUAAUAUUUUCAAGCCUUUUUUUCUGUUAAUUAGGAUGAUUUUCUGCUUACAGCUACUGAAAACCUGACAUUUAAGAUAAGAGUAUUACAUCAGAUCAAUAAACGACAUUUUAAUACAGAAAUAUACGCUUAAUAAAAUGUUUGUUUAAUAAGUACUUCAAGGUUGUUAUUUUCAAAAGAUACUUUUAAAAAUAACAAACUAGCCUCAUUGGUAGGAAUAUUCUAAUUUAUUGCAUAUUACUGCCAUGAUCAGCACCUGUCUUGUGUUUUCUGUUAAUUGCACCCACCUGUUUUUCAUGCAGUUCUGUUAAUCCUCUGUUGUAUAUAAGUCUGUGUUUCUGUUCCCUCAUUGUCAGGUUGUCUGUUUGUCCAGCUGCUUUCCUGUUAAUCCUGGUUCUUGAGUUUUCCUUCGUGACCUGUAAAUUUUAGUCUGUUCAUUAAAAGGUAUCCAUCCUCAA